AUGGAACGUUCGCGUAUUUUGGUCUCUGGAUUUCCAGAGGGCACGACAGAGUCGGAGCUUACAGUAUACUUUCAGUCUAAACGAAAUUCUGGAGGUGGCGAUGUAGAGAGCAUCGAAUUCAGUGGAAGACGAGCCAUUGUUACUUUUGAAGACGUGGAAGAAAUUUGUAUUAAAUUAGCAGCCAUCAUAGCUCAGAGUAAAAGCUUUUAUGAUGAUAUUAAGAAGGAAAUAGAAUGCCCAGUGUGUCAAGAGCAGUUCAGCGACAGCAACGAACCGAAAGUCCUUCAGUGUCAACACACAUUCUGCAAAUCCUGUUUGGAGGGUUGGUUACGGCAACAUCAUGCAAGAGCGCUGACUUGCCCGAACUGUCGGCAGAGAACUGAAUGUCCCAACAACAACAUCGACUGCCUACCAUCCAACCUUACAUAUAAAAAUCUGAUAGAUAUUUUAAAAACGUACAGCAGGAAUGGAGAUCACGGGGAAACGUUUUGUGAGCGUCACAAGGAGAAGGUCAAGUUUUACUGCGAGCAGUGCGAGAUUUGCAUUUGUUCUGAUUGCGCCAUAUUGGAUCAUCGCGAUCGGGAUUGUCACAACAUCAUUUCGCUUGAAGAGGGAGCAAAGAAGCAGAAAGCAAACAUUGAGAGAAAGAUAACAGCGCUUUCAGCGAAUAGCUCUCGUUUAAAAAGCUACGCUUCUCUUCUGGAGAAACGAAGAGCGCUAACGAACAAAAGUAUCGAGGAAGCGACGGAAGAAGUCCACAGGGUAGCUGAACGCUGCAUAAAUUCGAUCCGCCAACACGAAUCAAACGUGACGGAACUGUUACAGACGCAGAAGUCAAGUUGCAAUGAUGAGUACUCCAAGGAGCUGUCUAAACUAACCGAAAAGAUACGACAAACGAAGAAUGUCGCGGCCCAGAGCAAAAAUGUUCUUCAAUGGAAUAAUUUACAGGAAAUGUUGAACAUAAAACAAGUGCUUGAUGAAAGAAUUGCCGAGGAAGUUUUACCGGUGCUUACUUAUCCUGAGUUUAAGUACAUUUCAGAUGAUGCUUUGUCCCUACAUUUUACUCCAGGACAGCUCUAUGUAACCAACACCGAGCCGUCACUGUCUGUCGCGACAGGUAAUGGGUUGACCAAAGGUACGCAAGGCAAAAAAGGCACUUUUACAGUAACAACAAAUGAUUCAAAGGGCCAAGCAACCUACAGUGAAAUCGACAAUGUCCGUGUCGACAUCAAAUCCAAUCAAUGGGAAAUUGAAGAUAUUCGGUCCGUUGCGAAGGACUUGAAAAAUGGCCAUUAUUCUAUAUCUUACACUCCAAAGGUUGCUGGAAAUUUCAGUGUGUCCAUCAAAGUAAGAGAUGAGCCAAUCAAGGAAAGUCCAUUUACAUUGGUGAUUACGAAGAAUAAUGGCAGUCUAAAGCUGGGUGCCCCACUGGAACUAGUAUCGCAACCCUAUGGCUAUGUCCGAGAGUGCCAAGUACCACGUACAAGUACCGGGACUCAUGGUAAUGAAAUAACCCUUUAUAGUAUAUACACACUCAGCGAUCUUGAUUUUGCAAGCAAUCUAAUUGGUUCGCUAUUUCGGGCUAAUGAGCAUUCUUCACCUCUUAGUGAGUGA